UACUUGUUUUGUUGCAGUCGCCAGCGAAUGCAGUAAAUGUGUACAUGUUGUAGAGAUACUGAGAUCGAUACCAUUUUCAAUUCAAUUGACGACACAUUCAACAAUAUUUUGCGAAUCUGAGUACAUACGAGUAUAAAUACUUUCUGUUUACAGUUCAUAAUGCACACGAUGAGAUUGUAGCAUGCAGGUGAAGUGGACAUGGCAAGCUUCGACGAUUGCAACGAAAGCAGUAAUACAACCAUGCCUUGUCGACCGAGAGUUUCUGUGCAAGAGAUGUUAAAAAAUGAUAAAGUAUUAAACAUAUCUGCUCCAAUGGUGAGAUAUUCAAAGCUGGCAUUCAGAACAUUGGUGAGAAAGUAUGGUUGUGAUGUAACUUUUACUCCUAUGAUUGUAUCUGACUCAUUUAUAAAGUCAAUCAAGGCACGAGAUAAUGAAUUCUCAACACACAAAGGAGACCAGCCUCUAAUUGUGCAGUUUGCUGCCAACAACACAAAAGAUUUUGUAACUGCUACAGAACUAAUUGCUCCAUUUGCAGAUGGUGUGGACUUGAACUGUGGCUGUCCACAAAGGUGGGCAAUGGCAAAUGGUUUUGGUGCAAAUCUCAUAAAACACCCAGAGCUUGUCAAAGACAUGGUACAGCAAACAAGGAACAAGAUCCAAGAUGAAAAAUUUUCAGUGUCUAUUAAAAUUAGGCUCAGGCAUAAUCUCAGGGAUACUUUAGACUUGUGUCAGAAAGCUGAACAUGCUGGGGUUUCCUGGAUUACAGUGCAUGGCAGAACCACAGAACAAAGAACAGAACCAGUGAAUUAUGAAGAUAUCAAAAUAAUUAAAGAGAAUCUGUCAAUUCCUGUUAUAGCAAAUGGUGAUGUGAAGUCACUGAAAGAUGUCAAUAGGGUACAUGAACUAACAAAGGUUGAUGGUGUUAUGGCUGCCAGAGGAAUGCUCCAUAAUCCUGCAAUGUAUGCUGGGUAUGAAUUUACUCCACUCGAGUGCAUCCAAGACUGGGUCGAUAUUUCUCUUCAGUUGGGUACUCAGUUUCAAUGUUUUCAUCAUCAUUUGAUACAAAUGAUGGAACAUGUGACUUCAAAGGCUGACAAACGAAUCUUCAAUACAUUAUCCAAUGUACCAGCAGUAUUAGACUAUUUACAAGAACACUAUCAAGUAUCUUACAAUCCUGCAAGAUUUCAUCACCAACUGAAUAAAUCACAGAACAUGUGGAAACCAGAGAAAAUUAAUAAACAUAAACCCAUGCUAAAUGUAGAUGAUUAUAAUAUUGGUGAUACCUUUAUAUCAGUGGUCUAAUAUUUAUUAUCUUUAAUCUAAUUUAUGAUUGUCAAGUUUUUAUUAUUGAAUUGUAAUUAAAUUUGUUGUACACGUCCUAAGGACUAUGUUUAUGGUCAGUCCAAAUAACAGCUGUUCUGAGAAUUAUUCGGACAGUCACUUAGCAAGAUGGCUUGCAACUUUGCGAAAGACAUUUGCUUUUGCUUUGUUCUAGACUUGACAGCACCAUUUGAUAGCAUGCUGCGUGGGAUUCACUAUUUUAUGGGAAUUGUCAUGCAAAUCAAAAUAACUUGCUUCUGUAUUCUGAUGAACACAUAUCAUUUGAAAAUCUGCACUGGAAUGAUUUAAUCUGUAUGCGUGUAGAUGGAACAAUGCCGAUUGGACAAAUAUGAAAGUCAUCUUGCUAACUGACUGUCCGAAUAAUUUUCAGAACCUCUGUAACAUGUUUCCAGUACAGCCAGUUGCUGUGUAUAUUUCAGCCAGUUUCUUGUACUGUAAUAUGAGCCAAGAUUGUUUUAGGAGAAAUUCACUCAACACAGAUACGUCUGAAUUAUGUUAUAAAUCAAUUGCUUUGAGAUGCGAUUCAAGAAAUAUCUUUUUAUUCUUUUCUAUAAUAAAAAUGAAUUACAAAACAU